CUGUCCUCCUUCACAACCACAUGUGCAUUAUUUUACCACGGCCUCAGAGCUGAUACCAUAAGAGCAACUGCCCUGAAACACAAGAGCCCCUUUCUUAAAAUGAAUUACACAAGUCGCCGCAUUGCUCUGCUUCUUCUGCUGUCCUCCAUGCAUUGGCUAGGAAGCUCUCUAGCCGCAAAGCCUCUUCACCUUUCAGCUUCAGCAGAUGAAGUUCCUGCCAUCAUCAACAGUGAUCCUCCCAUCACUAAUCUGUCCAAGAGACCCGUUCUUCAGCCCAAAGAAACCGCGCCGCCUCAGUUUCUGUGCACCUUGAGGAACCCCCAGGGCAAAGUGUGUGUGCGGGCCAGUUUGGGAGUGGAGUAUGUGGUGAGAGAGAAUAAAAAGAACUAUUAUUUCAACAUGAAUCCCAGCUCAACACGAGCCACGGGAUUCUGUGGGAACCAAAAGUCUAUUCUCUCACUGGACUUUGAUGGUGGACAUCUGGAGUUCACUUUCAUCAAGGAAGGCGAUCUUUCCUAUGUGAGCACUAUCAAAGGGCUUCUGAGACCAGCUCCCCCUUGUAAAAAUUGCCAGAAUAAAACCUACGUUGGAGUAAUAAAUCACGACAAGCUAUUCAAAGCAAAAAAUGGCCUAAGCUUCCAAUGCAAGUCUCAGAUGACUCUGAUACUGGCAAGCUACUUCCGAGUCAAACUGGUGCCACUGCAGAUUCAAGCCUUUGAUCUGGCUAAUGGAGCGUUUGGAAAAGAGGUGGAGUGCUGGGAGGAUUACAACAAGCGCAUGAUCCCCAUUAUUCUGGGUGCUGUAGCUGCGGCAGUUUGCCUCAUUGCCAUUCUGACGUAUGUGCUUGUCCGAGAACGCCGUGGCCAAGGCUAUGAACAACUCUGAGACUCUACAUGUGCAUUGUGAAGAUGAAUCAAGAGAUUCAGUUGUGUGCUUUACAUUGUGUGGAUAUUGCUUUACAGUUUCAAACGAUCUCAGUAAACAAUUAAAAUAUGA